AUGUCCUUUGAUUCGAUUCCGAUCCUCGAUCUCUCAGCCGCUCGUGAUGCUGCAAGGAAAUCCGGCUUUCUCGAUGAGCUGCGCUAUGCGUUGCUAGAAGUCGGCUUCCUCUAUAUCAAGAACACCGGGAUCGAUGACAAAUUGAUAGAAGAUGUUAUCAACGAAGGGAAGAGGUUUUUUGACUUGCCAAUGGAGAAGAAGCUUGAAGUAGAGAUGAAGAAUGCCCCCAGCUUUCUUGGAUAUAGCAGGCUGGGUGGUGAGAUCACCCGCUUCAAGACCGACUGGAGAGAGCAGAUAGAUCUUUCUACCAACCACCCUGUCCCGGGGCCUUCUGAUCCGCUCUAUCAUAACCUGCUAGCCCCGAAUCAAUGGCCAGAUGAAUCGUCCAUCCCCCAUUUUCGCCCCGUGUAUGAGGAAUACAUGGAGAAGAUGGGAGCUAUUAGCAUGGAGUUCAUUUCUCUUGUUGCAGAAGCAAUCGGUCUACCAGGCAACGCAUUCGAUCGGUUCUUCGACAAGGACCAGCAGCACAAGUUAAAGAUAGUCAAGUAUCCUGAUUUAGAAGAGUUAGGGGUUGAUGGUGAAGCUCAGGGAGUCGGUCCGCAUAAAGACAGCAUGCUCACGAGCUAUCUUCUUCAAGCAACAAAGCAUCGUGGACUGCAGGUUCAGAACCACAGAGGCGAAUGGAUUGAUUGCCCACCGAUAGAUGGCACUCUGGUUGUAGCCAUGGGCCAAGGUCUAGAAGCUAUAACUCAAGGAGUUUGUCAGAGUACAACCCAUCGAGUGCUGAGCCCUGCUCGGGGAACUGGAGCUCGAUUCAGCGUCCCCUUUUUCCAGGGCGUAAGCUACGAUGCCACGUUUGAAAGCAUGGAUGUGCCAGACCAAGUCAAGAGGCUCCGACAGGAAGUGAUCGAGAGGAAUGGUCUCCGUCAAGAUGAUAUUGAAUUCACCUUUUCCAAGGGCUGCUGGGGUCACCUUGGUGAAGCCACGCUGAUGAACCGCAUAAAGAGCCAUCCAGAUGUUGGCGAACGCUUUUACCCUACCCUGCUACAGCAGAUUCGAGAUGAACAGGCAAGGAACAAUCAAAUAACAGAAGCGCCGCAGGGGCUCAAGGUUCAGGCAUGA